AUGUGGUGGCGUACAAAUCCCAUUCCCUUUCGGGAUGACACCCGACUGCUACCACAGUCGGAGUUUCUCUAUCACCUGCAACACAACAUUCAAUCCCCCGAAGCCAUUCCUACCGAACACCUCGAUGGAAAUUACGAAUAUUCCCUCGACGGCAAGCUCACGGUCCUGAACAACAUCACGCGCCACUGCGAAUUCAACACGUCAGACGAAAGCAACGAUACAUUCUCGUACACGAGCUCCUCGAUAGUGCUGCCCGAGUACAUGACUGUCAGCCACACCCACAACCGGUUAACCAUCGUUGGCUGUGACAUAUCGGGUUACCUCUCGAGCGUUCGGCUCAACCAGAGUUAUCUGAGCGGGUGCAGGACCACUUGCGAUAACAGCAGCAAGCCUGUGGCAUCGGGUUUCUCCUGCCAGACAAAUAUCCCCGAGCAGGCAAGGGACGUCGAGUUGUUUUUGUUGACCAACGACGAGGACAACAUAAACGCUAACAACAGCUGUGGCUACGCUUAUGUGACGGAGCCAAGCGCAAUCACGGAGAAUAUUACAAAGUUGAGGGACACAGAGAAGCUGCCGAUGGUGGUUGAUUGGGCCAUAGGGAAUGGGACUUGCGAGGAGGAUAAAAAGGAUCUCACCAGCUACGCUUGCAGGAGCAGGAAUUCCGAGUGUUAUAUGCUUGGUAACGAUACUAAUGGGUACCGCUGUAAGUGCAGCAAAGGUUAUGAAGGAAAUCCAUACAAACUAGAUGGCUGUCAAGAUAUAAACGAGUGCCAAAAUAAAAGCAUGUAUUGCGAAAAGGAAUGCGAGAACACAGUAGGGAGCUAUCGCUGUUUGUGUCCCAGUGGUUACCAUGGCGACGGCAAAAAGGAUGGAAAAGGUUGCAUACCCAGUGAAUCGCUUAUUUUCAGAAUUGCCUCAGGUAUUGCUGUAGGGGUAACUCUUCUCCUACUAGCCAGUUGCUGGUUGCACUUGGAACUCAAGAGAAAGAGGUUAAUCAAAAUGAGACAAGAGUUUUACAUCCAAAACGGCGGCAUUAUGCUGCAGGAAAAACUAUACGGUACAGGCGGGCCAUCAUCCUCAUCGGACGCCAUCAAAAUUUUCAGCGAACACGAGCUGAAAAAGGCAACCGACAACUUCAGCAGCAGCAUGAUCAUCGGCCAAGGUGGCUACGGCACCGUCUACAAAGGCAUCUUGCCGGAGAAGAGAAUAGUCGCCAUCAAGAAGUCCAAAGUCGAAAUCGACCCAAGCCGAGUCGACCAGUUUGCUAACGAGGUACUCGUCCUCUCCCAAAUUAACCACAGGAAUGUCGUCAAGCUCCUCGGCUGCUGUCUCGAGAGGCAACAGCCUUUACUAGUGUAUGAGUACAUGAACAACGGCACCCUUUUCCAACACAUACACAACAAGGAAAGGGCACGAGCCCUCUCGUGGGACGUGCGCCUUAAAAUCGCGACUGAGACAGCUGGCGUGCUCUCUUACCUCCACUCUUCGGCCUCCACUCCUAUCAUACAUAGAGAUGUCAAAUCGGCAAACAUUCUACUGGACCAGACGUUCACGGCAAAAGUGUCGGAUUUUGGGGCCUCGAAAUUGGUCCCGUUGGACCACACGCAACUGUCCACAAUGGUGCAGGGGACGAUCGGGUAUUUGGACCCUGAGUACAUGCAGACGAAUCAGCUAACCGAGAAAAGUGACGUCUACAGCUUUGGAGUAGUGCUCGUCGAGCUUCUGACGGGGAUGAAGGCUUUGAGCUACGAGAGGCCGGAGGAGGAGAUGAAUCUGGCGCAUUAUUUUCUUUCCGUAAUGAGGCAAAAGCUGUUGUUCCAAAUUGUGGCGGAUGAUGUGGUGACGGAAGGUGGUAAUAACGAGGAGCAGGUUAUGGAAGUUGCUGAGCUGGCGAGGAUCUGUCUGAACGUGAGAGGGGACGACCGGCCGAGUAUGAAGGAGGUGGCGGCCGAAUUGGAGGGGCUGAGCAAAAUUGGAGGGAAACAUUUAUGGGUGGAACCAAAGGGAGAAGAUGCAGCAGAGUCUCUUCUUCUUGGUGAUGGAUUAUCUGAGAGCAGUUACACAGGUAGUGUUCGGUUUGAUGAUAGUGUUGAGGAUCAUAUGGUGAUGGGUGGUGGGAGAUGA